CAGAAAACACAGCGCCAGCAUCCGGUCCUGUUGUUGGUAUUCACCAUUUUUAUUAACAAAAAUAACUGGGAAUAUGAUGCACAAGAGCUUACAAACAAUGCAAGUCUUCAUUAUCACAUUGUCAGCAGUGGCAAGUAUUCUCGCUGAAGACAAUGAGAUUCACCCAGUGAAUUCUAGUCCAACUCAAGAAAUUACACAGACACCAUUUCACAACCACGAAACGUCUGGACAUGAUCUUGUUCCAAUGAGAGCAGAUGACGUGUUGCUGCAGGACAGAUGGCCAAAUAUGAAGAAACCAGUUCCUUAUACAAAUAGUGCUGGAAUGUCAAAUGCCAUUGAUGCAGAGCCUCAGGCAUCAGCUAGUAUAUCCUAUCAAAUUCCACACACUGGAUUUCCUGUGCCGAGCUUGCCACAGGGCGUAGAUUACUAUGGAACACCUUAUCAACCACUAAAUAAUUUCUUACCUCUGAAGGAGCAUCCUACAGGCCACAGGCUAGAAGAGGGUCACGAAAAGCAUAUCACAGCUAAGGAUGUCGCAAUGGCAUUUCUGGCUUAUAUGGCUGUUUUAAGCAUUUUACAGGGUGGUAUAUUUACACUGAUUAAGGAUCCCCCAACUCUGGGAAUUGUUACUUCUGCUCGAAAUAAAAGAGAAACAAUGGUGCCUGUGCCAGUUAUUCCUGAUUCAUCUACUCCACCACAGGAGCAGUCAUGGAUACUUGGAGAAGAGAAGCAGAUAAGAUGUAUACAAAGGAGUCUGUGUGCAGUUAACAGACAGUUAAAGAUGGAGCUUGGCAUCACUGGAAGGAUAUUAGGCCAGUAUAUAAGUUCAUGGACAGCAAAAUCUGUAGAUUCCAGUUGGAUGCGGCUAAUUGCUGAUGCUGGUUUGGCUGGAAUGAGGGGAGUUGAUUGUGAUGUGCUCUACAGAGGAUGCAACAACGACAAAGGAAAUCAAACUUAAUUUAUGUUCCAGUUAUGAAUAAUAAUUUUUUUAGAUACAGUGUGAUAUACUGUAACCAUAUUAUAAACAUUAUUAUUCUUGUUAACAAAUAAAAGAACCAAUAUAUGUAAAGAAAUUAUUUUUGGUUU